AUGUCCAACUUUGUUUCAUCUCCGGGUAGAAUCCCAUCAGAUGCUGCCCAGUUACUUCAUUCAUCACAAGCAUCUUCAACUUAUGGAAGAGAUAUUUCAACCCCUCAACCAAAUUCCCAAAUUUUUUAUUCAGAGUCACAAUAUUCCAAUGCUGGUAAUGCAACUCCACAACCACCCCAAAUUCAACGUAAUGGAGCCGCAGUCGUUCCUGGUAGAAGAAGACAAAUUGCUGUUCCUAAAGUAGUUGAUGUCACUGGUGAAAAAGUUAGAGAAAGUUUUGAAUCAUUUAUUGAAGAAUUUAUUGAUCCCAAUGACGAAAAUAAUCAAGGGGAUAAUGAUGAUUGGGAUGGGAAGAUAUAUCUUGCCCAGAUCGAAGCAAUGAAGACUUAUGAAUAUAGUACUUUAUAUAUCAAUUAUCAACAUUUAUUAAUGAGAGAAAAUGGUGUAUUGGCAACAGCUAUUCUGGAACAAUUUUAUCGAUUUUAUCCAUUUUUAUUAAAAGGUUUAAGAAGACUUUUAAGAAAAUAUGCUCCAACUUUAUUAUAUACAAAUUUAAUUGGACAAACUCAAAAUGAUGAACAACAACAAGAUUCUAAUUCAUAUAGUGGUGAUAGAAGUUCAACUACUAAUUCAACUCAAGCUAAUGAACGUGUUUUUCAAAUUGCUUUUUUCAAUUUACCUUCAGUUCAAAGAAUUAGAGAUAUUAGAACCAAUAAAAUUGGUUCCUUAAUUUCAAUUCUGGGUACCGUUACUAGAACAUCUGAAGUCAGACCAGAAUUAUAUAAAGCUUGUUUUACUUGUGAUUUAUGUUCAGCCGUAAUUGAAGGUAUUGAACAAGUUUUCAAAUAUACUGAACCUACUUCCUGUCCAUCAUGUGAAAAUCAAAGUUAUUUCACCUUAAACAUUUCAAAAUCCCAAUUUAUCGAUUGGCAAAGAGUUAGAAUCCAAGAAAAUGCCAAUGAAAUCCCAUCAGGAUCAAUGCCACGUACUUUAGAUGUCAUAUUAAGAGGUGAGACUGUUGAAAGAGCAAAACCAGGAGAUAAAUGUAAAUUCACCGGUUGUGAAAUCGUCAUCCCCGAUGUCUCACAAUUGGGAUUACCUGGUGUCAAACCUCAAUCUGUUCGUGAAAAUAGAGGUGGUUCAGGUGAAUUAAGUUCUGGUGUCUCGGGGUUGAAAUCUUUAGGGGUUAGGGAUUUGACUUAUAAAUUAGCAUUCCAUGCUUUUCAUGUCACCUCUUUGAUUAAUAAAGCCGGAGGUACUAUUGAUCAAUAUAAUACUGAGAAUGAUAUUAUGGGUGAUCAUGAUCAAGAACUCUUUUUGAGUUCUUUGACUAGAGAAGAAGUCGAGAAAUUGAAACUCAUGGUUAAAGACGAACACGUCUAUGAUAAAUUAGUCCAAUCUGUCGCUCCUGCAGUCUUUGGUCAUGAAGUGGUUAAAAAAGGGAUCUUAUUACAAUUAUUAGGUGGUGUACACAAGAAAACUGUCGAUGGGAUUAAUUUAAGAGGUGAUAUUAAUGUUUGUAUAGUUGGUGAUCCGUCGACUUCAAAAUCCCAAUUCUUGAAAUAUGUCUGUGGAUUCUCCCCCCGGGCAGUUUAUACCUCCGGUAAAGCCUCUUCUGCCGCUGGUUUAACCGCCGCAGUUGUUAGAGAUGAAGAAAGUGGUGAAUUCACAAUUGAAGCCGGGGCAUUAAUGUUGGCUGAUAAUGGGAUUUGUGCCAUUGAUGAAUUUGAUAAAAUGGAUAUCGUUGAUCAAGUUGCAAUUCAUGAAGCUAUGGAACAACAAACUAUCUCAAUUGCAAAAGCCGGUAUUCAAGCCACUUUAAAUGCCAGAACUUCGAUUUUGGCAGCUGCUAAUCCAAUUGGAGGUAGAUAUAAUCGAAAAUUAGGAUUAAGGGCCAAUUUAAACAUGACUGCACCAAUUAUGUCUCGUUUUGAUUUAUUUUUCGUUAUUUUGGAUGAUUGUAAUGAAAGAGUUGAUACUCAAUUAGCGUCUCAUAUUGUUGAUUUACAUAUGCUUAGAGAUGAAUCUAUAAAUCCACCCUAUUCAGCGGAAGAAUUAGCACGUUAUAUCAAAUAUGCUAAGACUUUUAAACCUAGAAUGACUAAAGAAGCUCGUGAUUUCUUGGUUAGUAGAUAUAGAGAAUUAAGAGAAGAGGAUGCUCAAGGAUUAGGGAGAUCUUCAUAUAGAAUCACAGUUAGACAAUUGGAGUCGAUGGUUAGAUUAUCAGAAGCUAUUGCAAGAGCUAAUUGUACUGAAGAAAUCACUCCUAGUUUUGUGGCUGAAGCUUAUGAUUUAUUAAAGAGAUCCAUUAUUAGAGUCGAAAUGGAUGAUGUUGAAGUUGACGAUGAAGAAGAUGAACAAGCAAACGCUACCACCACUGGUGAUAAUAAUGUUGAUGAAGAUGAUACUGCUGAACAUCCACAACAACAACAACCAGAAGCAUCCAGUUCAAGACCUCAUGCGUCUAUCACAUAUGAUAAAUACGUCUCAAUGAUGAAUUUAAUGGUCAAGAGAAUCUCCGAUGACGAAAACACUGGAGGCGAAGGAUUAACUGCAGAUGAUUUGAUUGAAUGGUAUUUAGUUCAAAGGGAAAAUGAAAUCUCGACCGAACAACAAUAUUUACAAGAAAGAAACUUGGCAUACAAGGUCUUGAAGAGAUUGGUUAAGGAUAGAAUAUUGAUGAGUGUAACUCAUGAAGCACAAUCUGAAAAUGAACAACCUACUACUGUUUAUAUCCUUCAUCCAAAUUGUGCUAUUUUGGAUUUCUUCCAACAAUCAGGUGCUCAAGACACUGAUACCACUAUGCAAGAGGAUUAA